AAAGAGUUCAAUAGAGAGAAGAGCCACUAAACCUCGUAGAACAAGAUGAACUCCAUUGAGAUGAACCACCAACAUGUGAUUAAAUCCCUCUCUAAUGACCAAGAUGCUUGUCUUCAAGCCAUGAUUCUAAGUGCUGGUCAGGUAAACGCCGCCGUUUUGAACGCUGCCCUUCAGCUUAACCUCUUCGACAUCAUUUCAGAAUCAAAAGGAGACGUCGACGAUGGUUAUGUUUCGCCCACUGAGAUCGCUUCCAGACUCACCUCCCAGAAGAGCAAGAUCGCCAUAAUCUCCGGCAGGCUCGACCGGAUGCUCCGCUUGCUGGUGGCUCACUCCCUUCUCACCUGCUCCGUCAGAACCUCCGUCGACGGCACCACCCAGAGGCUCUACGCCCUCUCUCCCACCGGCCAAUACUUCGUCUCCAAACAAGACGGCGCUUCCUGGGCUUCCCUGAUGCCCGGCAUAUCCUAUCAUCCUCACAUGUCACAGGUUUUUCUGAACUUGAGGGAAGGGGUGCUCAAGCUGAAUGAGGGAGAAGACCUGAGCAAGAUAGUUCAUGGGACAAGUGUGUACGAGUACAUGGAAAUGGAUCCUGCACUGAAACUGAAGUUCCAGAGAACAAUGGCGGAUCAGUCUGCUUUACAUAUGGAGAAGAUUCUGGCGAUAUAUAAAGGCUUUGAGGGUUCAUCUUCUCUGGUUGAUGUGGCUGGUGGUAUUGGCCAAUCCCUUAAUAUGAUCAUAUCCAAGUACCCUUCCAUUAACGGCAUUAACUUUGAUUUGCCCCAUGUCAUUGAGGAUGCCCCUACCUAUCCAGGAAUAAAGCAUGUUGGAGGAGACAUGUUCAGAAGUGUUCCAAGUGCUGAUGCUAUAAUGAUAAAGGGCACAACACAUAACUGGUCAGAUGAAAAGUGUGUGAAGAUAUUUAGGAACUGCCAUGAGGUAUUGGAUAAAGGAGGGAAAGUGAUAGUGAUAGACUUAAUAAUGCAAGAGGAACCAGAAAUAAGCAGUGCUGCGAAGAAUGUGGCCAUUGCUGAUAUAGUAAUGUUCUCUCAAGGAGGAGGACUUGAAAGAACUGAGAAACAGUUUGAAGCCUUGUGCAAGAGAUCUGGCUUUUCUGGGUUCCGACUUGCUGCUCGUGUCCUCUCCAUUGUAGGCGUUAUGGAGUUUUACAAGCAUUAGUUUUUAAUUUUAGAUGAAGCCAAAAGGUCCCAAUAAUGAUUGAUAUUAAAGAAUUAUUAUUAAAUUAAUAAAUAAAAUGAAUAAAGUUUGGCUGUUGUGAAGGAAGGAGUUGGUGUGUGAGUGUUAAUUAUUAUACAUUAGUUUAAGUUUCUCAUCAUAUGGUGUAUUUGAUUGAUUAUAGUUAAUUUGCAAUAAUUAAUUUAAUGUUAUGGUGCAUCAUCCAUGUUAUUUUCAUGAGAGAUAAAAAAAA